AUGGUCGCUUUUGACAUCCCCGCCCGCCCCACCAACGUCGGCAUCCACGCCAUCGAGAUGUACUUCCCCAAGCGCUGCAUCUCCGAGGACGACCUCGAGGACUUUGACGGUGUUGCCAAGGGCAAGUACACCAUCGGUCUGGGACAGAAGUACAUGGCCUUCACCGACGACACCGAGGACAUCAACUCGGUGGCGCUGACCGUCGUCUCGCAGCUCAUGGAGAAGUACAACGUCGACCCCAAGUCGAUUGGCCGCCUCGACGUUGGUACCGAGACCAUUAUCGACAAGUCCAAGUCGACCAAGACCCUGCUCAUGGACCUGUUCGCCGAGCACGGCAACUUUGACAUUGAGGGUAUCGACUCGAAGAACGCGUGCUACGGCUCGACCGCCGCCCUCUUCAACUGUGUCAACUGGAUGCAGUCCGAGUCGUGGGACGGCCGCAACGCCAUUGUCAUGUGCGGUGACAUUGCCAUCUACAAGGAGGGCUCUGCUCGCCCCGUCGGUGGCAUGGGCGCAUGCGCCAUGCUCAUCGGCCCUGACGCGCCCAUCGUCGUCGAGCCCGUCCACGGCACCUACAUUGCCAACACCUGGGACUUCUACAAGCCCGACCUUUCGGCUGAGUACCCCACUGUCGACGGCCCCUGGACCAUUGCCGCCUACCUCGGCGCUCUCGACAACUGCUACUCGACCUACCUCGAGAAGGCCGCCGCCUCGCGCGCCCGCGCUGCCAAGAAGGGCAUUGCCAACGGCAACGGUGUCAACGGCCACGCUGAGGAGGCCGAGGGCCUGAGCCAGUUCGACUACGUCUGCCUCCACUCGCCCUACGGCAAGCUCGUCCAGAAGGGUCACGCUCGUCUCUUCUACAACGACUACCUCCGCAACCCCACCGCCCCCGAGUUUGCCAACAUCCCCGAGGAGAUCAAGUCGCUCGACAAGACCAAGACUUACACCGACAAGGCCGUCGAGAAGACCUUUAUCGCCCACGCCUCGGAGCACUACAAGGCUGCCGUCCUCCCCGGCUCGGACUGCGUCAAGCGCUGCGGUAACAUGUACACUGCCUCGCUGUACGGUGCCCUCGCCUCGCUCAUCGCCAACAUUGACUCGGACUCGAUCCAGGGCAAGCGCAUCGGCAUGUACGCCUUUGGCUCUGGCUGCGCCGCCUCGUUCUACGGUCUCCGCAUCAACGGCUCGACCGAGGAGAUCCGCACCAAGCUCGACCUCCAGAAGCGUCUCGCCGCCAUGGAGGUCGUCCCCUGCCAGGACUACGUGGACGCCCUCAACACCCGUGAGGCCAACCACAACGCCAUCGAGUACAAGCCCACCGGCUCGAUCGACAACAUCUGGCCCUCGGCCUACUACCUCAACGGCAUUGACAACCUCUACCGCCGUACCUACACCAAGAAGCCCGUCGCCUAA